GAUCACCGCUCUGCUUCCGCUUCACUGGAACGGUCUCAUUCGUUCGAUGUGGCGUCCUGCUCCUCCUCCUCUCCGUCUCAAAUUCCUUGCGCCCGCCGCCGCAGCCGACACCGCUGUCAUGUCCUCUUACCAACGUCCCCAUCGAGGCGGUCGAAAUCGAUGGGGCAGAAGCUUCUCCGGCCAACCCAACCGCGGCGGAAGAGGCAAUAUAGUCACAGGAGACUCGCACUUGGACUCUGUUCGAGAAACGAACCUAGGCUUCAGUCGAGGAAAUUUCUCCAAUCAGUACUCCUUUCAGCCUCAGCAGUUCGGUUAUAACCCUAGGUCUCCAUAUCCUUACAACAACCAAAACCAGCAAUUUCGCCAGCCGCCGCCUAAUCCUCAUCCGUACAGCCGUUAUAAACCGCCCCGCCAACCGUUUGAUCAAAAUCAGGCGGCUAAGCCCUUCCGUCCCCGCUAUUCCAAGCCCUGGGACUUCCGGGAAUGGGAAUACGCUAAAGCUCUACCGCCUCGGCGUGCUGAUAGAUUUAUUGUUCUUUCAUAUAAUAUAUUGGCGGAUUACCUUGCUAGUACCCAUCGGAAUCUUUACUUCCACAUACCUUUCCAUAUGAUGAGUUGGGAAUGGAGGAUGAGGAAUUUAAUGUUUGAGCUCGGUUUAUGGUCAGCAGAUAUUUUGUGCUUUCAGGAGGUUGAUAGAUUUCAUGACUUGGAGCAGCAGUUGAAGUCAAUGGGAUAUAGUGGCAUUUGGAAGAUGCGAACUGGCAAAGCAAUUGAUGGUUGUGCAAUCUUUUGGCGACUGUCAAGGUUCAAGUUGCUUCAUGAAGAAUAUAUAGAGUACAACCAGCAUGAACUUCGGGAUAAUGUUGCCCAGAUAUGUAUUCUUGAGUUGUUGAGCCAAAGUUCCUCCGAGAAUACAGCAGAUCUAAAAAGCUCAGCAAAUUCAAAUAAAGUUGUCGUCUGUAACAUUCACGUCCUAUAUAAUCCAGGAAGAGGAGAAAUUAAGCUUGGUCAGGUUAGAAGGCUCCUAGAAAGAGCUCAUGCUGUUUCAAAGAGUUGGGAUGGUGCUCCAGUUGUUCUUUGUGGGGAUUUUAAUUGUACUCCCAAGAGUCCAUUGUACAACUUUAUCUCAGAGCAGAAGUUGGAUUUGUCGGCGGUGGAUAGAGACAAGGUGUCGGGACAAGCUUCAGCAGAAAUUCCUCUGCAGACAUAUAAUCCUAAUUCAGGGGCUCAGUCUGGUGAUUUUCCUGCACGAGUUCCUCCAGUGGCAGAUUUCAAGGGAAUUGGUAUGGAAAAUGAUUCCCAAUCAGAUACGAAGAAACAAAAUACUCUAGACAGAAAUAAUAUGAAAGAUGCUUCUGUAAAUUUGUCUCUGUCCAGUGAGACGAUGCAGGAUUUGUCAGAUAUGUCCUUCAAUAAUUCACAAAGGGGAGACAAUAACAGUGUAGAAUAUGAAGUGACAGCAGAAAUUCAGCAUAAUGCAGUUGGUGUUGCAAAAGGUGAAACGGGAUCAGCAUUCUCGGUUCUAGUUGAUCAUUCUAAAAAAAGUUCAAGCUGCUGUCACACUGAAGGAAAAUUUCCUGUAAAUCAGAUGGACGAUGAUGUGCAAAGAUUUUCUUCGGGCAAUUCUUCUUGUCCUGAAAAUGUGCUCUCCAACAUGACUGAGAUGGAGCCUAUAGGAAAAGAUGUCAACAUCCAUUCUAAUAAAGGAACAAGAUUGGAUGACAUUGUAAGGGAUGAUUAUUCCAGCAGGUUCACAACUGAUCCUGAGUCAUCAGAGUCAGUUGCUAAUGAUCACAGACCUUCGGUUCCUUCUCAAAUUGACUUCUCAGGUCUGUCUGAUGGCAUUGUUAUAGAGUUAGAAGAGAAAAUGGAUAAUUUGUCUCUUGAAGAGCUUAACAAAUCUAUGGUAGAAAGUGAAAAUAUUGCUGAAGACAAUUAUGCCUUUAUUGAUGCGUUAUAUGGUAAUCAAGAUGUCUAUCCAACAAACUCGGGUCAGUCAGUAAGUUCAGAUUUGGAUCAUUCAUCCAAGGAAUUUUUCAGUUCCCAGGACUCGCAGUUUUUGCUACCAAGUGAGGAAGUUUUGGAUGAUUUAUCACCUUCCUUGGAUUCCGGAUUUGCUCAGAUUGAGCAGACUACUUAUGAUCCAUCUGCAUGGGGCCCAAAGGAAAUAGCUACUGCAGCUGGCCAUGAGGACUGCAAAUUCCUGGAGCACCCUCUUCAGCUUAAAAGUACAUAUACAGAAGUCAAGGAUUCUCCGGGUACAAGAGAUUCUUACGGAGAACCCCUUGUGACUAGUUACAACAGGCGCUUCUUGGGCACAGUUGAUUACAUAUGGCGUUCUGAAGGUCUUCAGACUGUCAGGGUGCUUGCUCCAUUUCCUAAACAAGCUAUGCAAUGGACCCCGGGAUUUCCAACGAAGAAAUGGGGUAGUGAUCAUAUUGCCUUGGCGUCGGAAUUGGCAUUCACGAAAAAACCAGAACAAUCAAGACCCCAAAAAGCUGAGUAGGAAGUAUUUUUAUAGUUGCAGUUUGUGAUGGCUAAUGUUGCAUCAUGUUAAUCUUGUGUUCUUGUUGUUAUAUUUGGAAUUAUAAUGGGAUGUUUUAAUUUGAU